UUUCCUUAAUUAAAUCUAAUUUGUUUGUAUCCAAUCCAAUUGAAGAGCAAAAUGGCAAGCAGCAGCAUAGCAUCAGCUGCAUGUGGAUUUGUGUUGGCACAAAAUGUGUCAUCAAACACAACCACUCUCAAGCCCAACAUGGUCUGCUUCUCUCUCAAGAAUACCAGAAGCUCUAGGCUCGUUGUAAGGGCAGCGGAAGAGGCCGAUAAACCAGCCGAAGCCCCUGCUGAAGCACCUAAAGUAGCCAAGCCGCCGCCGGUUGGCCCCCCAAGAGGCUCUAAGGUGAGAAUCCUUAGGAAGGAAUCAUACUGGUACAAGGGCGUUGGUUCAGUUGUUGCUGUUGAUCAGGACCCAAAGACUCGGUACCCAGUGGUGGUGCGGUUCAACAAAGUGAACUACGCAAAUGUAUCUACAAACAACUACGCUUUGGAUGAAGUGGAAGCCGUUGCAUGAACUCUUUGAUUAAUUUGUAGCAUCCUUAAUUGUAUCCUAUUUAAUUUCUAUCUCAAACCUCUGUUUCAUACAUUUCCCAGUCUCAAUGUGUGUUUAUUUUUGGCUGA